AUGUUGAAACUGAUUACUUUGUUGGCCAUCGCAUUUGCCGCUUGCAACGGAGAUGCCAUUCAAAGCUUGGAGCGAUUUGGAAGUUUAAAUAAAUAUUAUUACUAUAGCAAUGCACAGAGAAACCCAAUUACACUCACCGAAGACCACUUUCCCACUGGAAACGAUCCUGCUACGCCCUUUAACAAUGAUUGGGAUAUUGUCGUAAUAAUACACGGUCACAGUGGCACUGCUACGACGACGAUCAACCCUAUUGUUAAAGACGCAUUUUUAACAAGUGGCGAUUAUAACGUUAUCGUUGUGGAUUGGUCAUCAUUCAGUCUAUCAACAUAUUCAACGGCAGUGAUGGCUGUGACAGGUGUGGGAUCAAGUAUCGCUACUUUUUUGAAAAAUCUCAAAUUACCACUUAAUAAGGUGCACAUUGUUGGUUUCAAUCUUGGAGCUCAUGUUGCUGGAGUGACUGGAAGAAAUUUGGAAGGAAAAGUAGCAAGAAUUACGGGUCUAGACCCUUCGGCUCGUGAUUGGGAAAACAACGUACUACGACUGGGAACAAACGAUGCUCAAUACGUUGAAGUUAUUCACACCGACGGAUCUGGUGUCAACAAAAACGGCUUGGGCGUUGCUAUUGGACACAUUGACUUCUUUGUCAACGGCCGUCUUGUCCAACCGGGCUGCACGAAUAACUUAUGUAGCCACAACCGCGCUUAUGAAGUUUUUGCUGCAACAAUUACGCAUGGCAAACAUUACGGAAAUCAGUGCAGCACAGAAGCGGAGAUAACCGCAAAUAAUUGCCGAGGAUUUAUAGUUGAAAUGGGUACUGCCAAACUUGUAAAGCAUGGGUCUGGAAUGUUCCGAGUAAAUACCGGCAUGAGGUACCCAUUCCAUUUGUGAUGCCUACAAAACUUAAAACGAAGUUUUCU